GCCACUGAAAUGCUGGUGUGGCUUUCACUCUGAAGCCACUCGUUAGCUUCUUGUGUUUUCUGAACUAAACGUGUUGUGCUAAGCCCUGUUUAUACCUAUGUGAUCACGAACCAGCUCGUGCUAUAAUCAGGAAGAAUGCAAAGUUCCGGAGUACCAAACAGAAAGUGAAAGCAAAAAGAACUUCUCCUCCAUUCAAACCUGCAACAACGUGGAUUAAGAUUAAAUCAAUUUAUUAAAACAUUGUUCAAAUCCUGUGUGACAUACUUGGAGGCAAUAUGGUGCUGUGAAGAACUUCGAGAUUUAGUCUGGAUAAUACUUGUCUUCUACAGAAUAAAUUUAGUAUUCCAUUCUUCUGCAAUGGUUAAGCCACGCAGAAAACACAUAUUUAAUAUUUACACAGGAUUUUACUGCUCAGUAAUCAUCCUGCCCCAAAUAUGCAUUUGUUCUCUGUUCUCAACGCCACCUAGUGAUCAGUUCAAAAAGCACCCUGAGGCUUUCCCAGUAGCUACCAAUAGAGAACCAUUUCCUUGGCGGGAGCUAAGGCUCCCCAGUAUGGUCAUUCCCCUCCACUAUGACCUUUUUGUCCACCCAAAUCUCACCUCCCUGGACUUUGUUGCAUCUGAGAAGAUUGAAGUCUUAGUCAGAGAUGCCACCCAAUUUAUCAUCUUGCACAGCAAAGAUCUUGAAAUCAUGAAUGCCGCUCUUCAUUCCGAGGAAGAUUUGAGAUACAGGAAACCAGGGAAAAAACUGAAUGUUUUGAGUUAUCCUGCUCAUCAACAAAUUGCACUGCUAGUUCCAGAGACACUUAUGGCUGACCUGAGAUAUUAUGUGGUGAUUGACUUCCAGGCCAAGUUAUCUGAUGGUUUUGAAGGGUUUUAUAAAAGCACGUACAGAACGCUUGAUGGUGAAACAAGAACAAUAGCAGUAACAGAUUUUGAGCCAACUGAGGCGCGAACGGCUUUUCCUUGCUUUGAUGAACCAUUAUUCAAAGCCAACUUUUCCAUCAAGAUAAGAAGAGAGAGAGGACACAUUGCACUAUCCAAUAUGCCAAAGAUUAAGACAGUUGAACUUGAAGGAGGCCUCUUGGAAGAUCAUUUUGAAACUACUGUGAAAAUGAGUACAUACCUUGUAGCCUACAUAGUUUGUGAUUUCAAGUCUGUGAGUGGGACAACCACAUCAGGGGUCAAGGUGUCCAUCUAUGCAUCCCCAGACAAAUGGAGUCAAACCCAUUAUGCUUUGGAAGCAUCAUUGAAGCUACUUGCUUUUUAUGAAAAUUACUUUGAUAUCAACUAUCCACUACCAAAAUUGGACCUAGUUGCCAUUCCUGACUUUGGAUCCGGAGCCAUGGAAAACUGGGGCCUCAUCACAUAUCGAGAGACAUCGCUGCUCUUUGAUCCUAGGACCUCUUCCGCUUCUGAUAAGCUGUGGGUGACCAGGGUCAUAGCCCAUGAACUAGCACACCAGUGGUUUGGCAACCUGGUUACAAUGGAAUGGUGGAAUGAUAUUUGGCUCAAUGAGGGUUUUGCAACAUACAUGGAACUUAUCUCUGUUAAUGCUACCUAUCCAGAGCUACAAAUUGAUAACUAUUUUUUGGACGUGUGUUUUGAAGUAAUUAAAAGAGAUUCAUUAAAUUCAUCCCAUCCUAUCUCCAAUGAAGCAAAAACUCCUACUCAAAUACAUGAAAUGUUUGAUGCAGUUUCCUACAACAAGGGAGCUUGUAUUUUGAAUAUGCUCAAGGAUUUCCUGAGUGAGGAGAAAUUUCAGAAAGGAAUUAUUCACUACUUAAAGAAGUUCAGCUUCAGGAAUGCUAAGAAUGAUGAUUUGUGGAGCAGUCUGUCAAAUAGUUGUUUAGAAGGUGAUUUUACGUCUGGUGGAUUUUGUUAUUCCGAUUCCAAGAUGACAAGCAACACACUCAACUUUCUCGGGCAGAAUGUGGAGGUCAAAGAGAUGAUGACUACCUGGACCCUGCAGAAAGGAAUCCCACUGGUGGUGGUUAACCAGGAAGGGCAUUCCCUCAGACUGCGACAGGAGCGCUUUCUGAAGGGGGUGUUCAAAGAGGACCCCUCAUGGAGGGCCCUGCAGGAAGGGUACCUUUGGCACAUCCCACUGACCUACUCCACAAGUUCCUCUAAUGGGAUUCACAGAUACAUUUUAAAAUCAAAAACAGAUACUCUGGUUUUACCUGAAAAGACCAGUUGGGUGAAAUUCAAUGUGGACUCAAAUGGCUAUUACAUCGUUCACUAUGAAGGGCAUGGAUGGGACCAACUAAUUACACAAUUGACUCAGAACCACACACUUCUCAGAUCUAAGGACAGAAUAGAUCUGAUUCAUGAUGCUUUUCAGCUAGUAAGUGCUGGAAGGUUGACGUUAGACAAAGCCCUCGACCUCACUCACUAUCUCCAACAUGAAACAAACGUCCUUGCUAUUCUCAAAGGUCUGGAAUACUUAGAAUCGUUUUAUCACAUGAUGGAGAGAAGGAAUAUUUCAGAUGUCACUGAAAACCUCAAGCAUUACCUUCUCCGGUAUUUUAAGCCAGUGAUUGACGCGCAAAGCUGGAGCGACGAGGGCUCCGUCUGGGACAGGAUGCUCCGCACUGCCCUCUUAAAGCUGGCCUGUCACCUGAACCAUGCUCCUUGCAUCCGGAAGGCAACUGAACUCUUUUCUCAGUGGAUGGAAUCCAAUGGAAAAUUAAAUAUCCCGACAGAUGUUUUAAAGAUUGUGUAUUCCGUGGGUGCUCAGACAACAACAGGAUGGAAUUCUCUUUUAGAGCACUAUGAAUUGUCAGUGUCAGGUGCUGAAAAAAACAAAAUUCUCUAUGCAUUGUCAACCUCCAAACAUCAGGAAAAGUUAAUGAAAUUAAUCGAACUAGCAAUGGAAGGAAAGGUUAUCAAGACACAAGACUUGGCCUCUCUUCUUCAUGCAAUUGCCAGAAAUCCAAAGGGGCAGCAAUUAGCCUGGAAUUUUGUAAGAGAAAACUGGACCCAUCUCCUAAAAAAAUUUGAUUUGGGCUCAUUUGCUAUGAGAUUCAUUAUCUCUGGUACAACAUCUCACUUUUCUUCCAAGGAUGAGUUGCAAGAGGUGCAACUGUUCUUUGAAUCUCUUAAGGCCCAAGGAUCACAUCUGGAUAUUUUUCAAAUUGUUCUGGAAACCAUACCCAAAAAUAUUGAGUGGCUGGAGAAGAAUCUUCCCACUCUGAGGACUUGGCUACUGGUUAAGAUUUAAACGGUUGAAAGAAAGAGCACACCAGCUGUGGGCCACAUUUGCAUGAAACCAGCAAAGCUUAAGUCAGAGUUACAGAUGUUUUGUCUCACCAGUAAGAAGCCUCAAGAAGUAAUCCAGUGCAGCAGUUUCCUGCUGUAAACUAUGGUCUCUGGCUGACCGAUGUAUGGUGUGGGGGUGGGGUAAGGGCAAUUUGGUAACCUAUUUAAAAGUAAACUUUCUGAGUAAUGGAGAUAUGUGGAGGUACCGAUAUAGACAUAUAGAUAUAGCUGUAAUAUUAAUAGUUUAGCCACAGCACAGACGAUCUACAUUGCCUCGCGUUGUGCCACUCUUUUGCAACUUUGCUGCUUUUUAGUCUUGCUGAGCAUCCUGGUGUUUAAUUCUUACCAUUCAUGGAAAAAUCUGAAUCAAAUAGGAAGCAUAAGAGUCAGGAAUACAGAGACUUUGUCACCAAACCUCAGAUUAUUAAAAACUGUAUGUCAGCGUUUAUCGAAUAGGCUAGGAAGGCUUGAGGCUCUCAUUCAUGAAAAGCCUCAAGAAUAGCCUUUUGAGGUCAUCUCCCAAUGAAGUAAAAUCUGCAGUCGCAAAGGCACAGGAGAGAAAGAUGAUACCACAAUACUUUAAUUGGUACAUUUGUAUUUUUAGUAAAUCUUUUGAAAGUUGCAGAAUUAGAUUAUAUUGUAUAUAUUUUGGGUUAAAGCAUGGUUUAAUGUAAAUAUUUAAAUUAUCAUCCUAUAUUGUAAUCCAGUGUUAGCAUUUCUUCAUAUUUUAAGGGAAACUCUUGAUCUCUGAAAUGCUUUUCUAGAUGCUUCUCUUAAUUGCUUGAACAAGGCACUUGGAGUAAAGAAAACACUCCUCUAAAUACAGGUAGUAAAUUUAAUAAAUUCAUGUUCCUACAUUUGAAUCAGUAUGAAAGUAUAGGUAAGUUCUAGAAAGGUUUGAAUCAAUACACAAACGACUAAUUUAUCUAGGUUAUUAAGGGAAGCUGGGGAUGUUGAGGCAGGGGUGGCAUGGAGGAUGUUAUGCAAUCCCUUCUGGAGUGGUAUCAUGAAGGUCUAUAGACCUUUCUCAGUCAGAGACAGAAUACAAUUUGGGUGGACCGGGGGCAUGACCCAAUGCAUAUUUUGUUAAAUUUGUUUUCAAAUCAUUUCUUGGAAUCUUAGAAACAUCUUUGACUCUAGAUUUGACCUGGUCAGUAUCCUACCAAGGUCUGUACAACACCUCAGUGACAGCCCUCUAUAAUUAUACAUACUUGAGCAUAAAGAAACUGAAAGAGUAAAGAAUACUCUUUUUUUCCACCAAAAUAAUAUGUAAAUUAAGCACUAAAAUGUGUAUGAGCUGCAGUAGAACUGUACCAUCAAUAUUUCCAUAAAUAAGCAAAGUUCUUUCUUUUAUUCAGUAACUGCCUACCAUAAAUUUCCAAGUUUUAAAUGGUCUUCCCUUUAGCUCUUUAUUUAAAUACAUUUGUAAUUUCUCAGAUUCUUGAAAAUUGAGUACAGAAAGAAGCAAAGUUAUUAUUUCAUGAGAAUGAAUGUACCAAUAAUGUUUAAACAAAGUAUUUUUAAAAGAAAUGUAUUGUGCUUAUUAGUAUGGUAUUUCAAAACUUUUAUGGUAGAUGCCAGAUCCCCAACACCAAGGAAGACUUGACUAAAGUUAGUUUUACUUUCUUUUACUGCAAAUGAACAAACAAGUUAUAUACACGAUCGAUCAUGACUAGAUGAUGAAGUGAACAGACACAACUCUGUGCCAUCCUGAUUUCCCACAGAGCUCCGAGGAGAAUUUUGUCAUUUCCACAGCCCUCUCAGAGUGAGAAACCUUUCAGAUCAGGGGCGCCCAGAUCCAAUGGCUUUCUCCCUUUUAGACUUUGUGUAGGAGUGAAUGGGCACAGCCCUCAAGAGUCCAAAUUAUCCCCAUGACAGGAAUUUGUCCUACCUCCUGUACGUACUUCUGCAUUUCAUUCCUUGCUAUGUCAUUGGGUCUAUUUGAGGUUGCAGAGAAGCAAGAUUGGCAAGGAACUACUACAAGAGAUCCUGAUUUUCUGAGGGAAGUUCCUGGGGGUUUUUGUUUUGUUUUGUUUUGUUUUUGGAUUCAGGGAACUACCUAGUCAGUUUGGAACUACUGGAGUCCCAAACUACCAGGAAACCUCUCAGUAGUCAGAGAAGCUAGUUUUCCACUUGCACAUGAAUGCCUACCAACUACAAGGUUGUUUAAAGUGGCCACAUGUUUUACUCUGCAACACCCCUUUACUUAUAUUCAUUAUUGACCUUUGUUGCAUUUAACCAUGUGUCACUAUUUUUCAUUUCAAUAUAUAAUGGUUUACAAAUUUUAUAUUUACAGACUUUAAAUCAAUCACCUAUUAUAUUGUCUGCUUCCUGAAAUCUUAAUCUCAGCAAAGUCAUGUCUCCAAAUCAUAAGGAAAACAAAGUUGAAAAGAAUUAUGAAACAAGUGGGUUUGCUGGGCGGAAGCAUAUAUGUAUUUUAUAUAAUCCAACAUUUUAAUAGUUGGUGCUAGAUUAUUUUUCUGAAAUGGGGUGUUAAUUCACUUUCUUCUUACCCCUAUAUCCUAUAAUAGUCAGUGCCAAAUGUUAAUUUUUUAUAUCUAGUAAUACUUCCCACGGUAAAGUACAGUUUCCCCAGAUAUGUACAUAGCUGUGCUACUAGUUUCUUUUGAUUAGUAUCUGCUGGAUAAAUCUUUGUGUAUCCUGUUACUUUGAAGUUUUCUGUAUCCUUUACUUUCAGAAGAAUCUUUUGUAAACAUAUUAUACCUGAGUUUUGUUUCCUUUUGUGUUCCCCAAUUUGGGCAGGCCCAGGUUUUGUCAUAUGUCAUAUGUCAAAAGCAUAAAAACUGAAGCUUCAGAGGCCCUCAAGUUGAACACUGAUUUCACCCUUCUGUUUAUCCCUCAGGGUUCUGCCUUCACUGUUUUUGACACCUGAGUAUUCCUUACUAACUUUCUAGGACAUUGGUGCAUUAAAACAAUUAUAAAAUAUACUUUAUUCUUUAUUUUUAGUUAUUUUAGCAAGAAGGUCAGUCAGGUCAGUCAGGAUACCUGGUUUAGCAUAUUCUCCGAAGCCGUAAUAAUUUGUUUUUCAAUAUACAAAUGCCUAACACUUUUCCAUAUGAGGCUCCUUAGUAUGGAAAUUGAUUUGCAGUAUUGACUGUGUAUUAUUGACUUCUCAUAAAUAAAGUUGUGGGUUGCCUAACGCUGUAUCAUACUUAGGAAGUCAGCAGUAUACAGAUCAUUUUUUCACAACUGAAAUCGAGGAAACUUUCCAAUAUUCAUAGAGAAAUGGUUAGAAAUUUUGAGAAAUGCAGACUUCACUAGCAAGAUAGAGAACCAUUUCUGCCUCACUCACUUCUGCAAACUUUACCUCACAGCCAUAACUUCAAGAUCUUUUGCUAAUUUGUUUUCUUUUCCCCAAAAGUCCUCAUCUUCUACCAUACUCCCAGGUAAAGUCAGGAAACCGGUUUUCUCUUCUCAGUAUAUGACUCAUUAAUUCUCAUCUUGAAAUAUUUACAGACAUGAUUUCCCACACUUCAAAGUUCCUGUGUUCAUCCUUCUGCUGAAUUAUGCCAUAUUUCUUUCUUUCAAUACAACAUUUUAGGUUCAUACCUCUGUGAGCAAUUCCCAUCUUAAUACUACCUGACAUGUUCCUCUAAACAUCCAAACAAUACCUCAGUUAUAAUUACAAACCUCAUUUUAAAGUUUGCACAGUAGACUGUCUCAGACUUAAGAGAUAUAAAGGACAUUAUUUCUCAGUUUUAAAACUAUAUUCCCUUUUAAAAACUGUUUUCUAGUAAACUGAGUUUGAAAAUUAUAACUCAUUUCUAAUAUUUCGUAUUGGAAAGUCAGGAAAAGGAUAGGCAGAAUAUUCUAAAAACUCAAAUAUGGAAAGUGGUGGGAAAGGGUUUGGUGAACUUUUUCUAAAAGAGAAACAAUUGUCUCUGUGGCAUAAGACAGUUGGUGUAUAAUUUUAUUUUCUUUCUAUUUAUACCUCCAGAUGUAGACCCAAAGACUAAAAGCAGGAAUAUUAGAAGGACAAACAGAACUUUUUAGCUGGUAGGGGGUAAACAGGUAGAGAGACUAAGCCGUCAGGAUCAAAGAAAAGGUCUGGCCUGCAAAAUCUAUGUGAACCAGACAGAAACCACAGGAAUCAGACCCUGUGACCUGGAUAAGUUCAUUCAACUCACAUUCAAGGACUGAAUUAGGGUCACUUCAGCAAAAAUUAAAAAGUUGUUCAUUAAUGAGAGGUUGCUUUAAAAAUUAUGUUCUAUAUUCUAGAAAAGUCAUUACCAAAGAGGAAAAGCAAAUUACUCUUCUAGUUUCAGAUAACUGUGUCUCUGGGAAGCCUAGCUGUUUGUAUUUUAAGGUCAAGGGAAGUAUACCAACUGUUGGCUCCUCUGUCUCACUUGAGGACCUAGAAAGAAAUAACAUCAGCAACUUUGGUCUUGUAAAUCCAGAUCUAAAAAGUGCUGCCUAAAAAAGGAAACAUAGAUUUUGUUUCAAAAUACAUCCCCCCUUAAAAACAUUGCUUUUCUUCUAUAAUUCUACCAUCACAGAUUCACUCCUUUGAGCUAAAAAAGUUAAAAUAUUAAAUUGUAACUCGUUAGAUGUGCCUUAGUGUGACUUUGUUUUUUUAAAUACUUAUUUCUUUACAGCUAGUUGAGAAAAGGGCCCCAAGGAGAAAGAGG